CCGGUGCUCGCACCGCUGCUGGAUGUGUCGCAGCUGUAGCAGUAAUUUUCCCGCGCGCCAACCAACGUCCCAGCUGCCCAGUGCUCUCACAGUGGGACAGUUUGCUUGCAUCGGCGCGAUAGUCAGUGCCAUCCAGGGCACCGCCAGCACCCGGCCAAAGCUGUGUUGUUGUUCCGUUUUUUAACAAACUUUGUGGUCAUCUUGUUUUUUUUUUCGCUGCCGGCAAAUUUCUUCACGGUCAACAGUUCCAGCCCCGUUGGGAGUUGCUCGGUGCUGUUUAUGGUGGAUGGUGUUUGCUUGUUUUGCAAACAAUAGUGCACCCAUUUGCUUGCGUUCCCCUUCUGGACGUAAGCUUGUAACGGGGAACAGUAAGUGUCUGAGUGUUUCGUAGUAGUUCGCACGUGAAUGUCACACGUUUUCGGUUGGCUAGAGGAACGAAAAUCCUGCCAAACAAGAGUGCUUGUAGAGCAACGCGUGUGAUCCCGUACACGAUCGUCUAAAACGAUCGCCUGCUGCUGCUGUGCCAUGGAACAGCUGCAGGAGGAGCAGUCCGCGACCGAGCGCGACACGACGAACGAUGUGUGGAAUUACGUUGUGUUCGUAUCCUUCGUCGUUAUAUCGGCGCUACUACCGAUCCGGAAGCGGCUCUGUCGCCGGAGCACAAACAGUAAGAGCAAGCAGGACUAUGUGUUUGGGGCGGGGCACAUUUCUACCCUCGCGAUGAUGCUAUCGAUCGCGCGUGGUACACUGGGUGUGAUCUCCGUGUUGGGCUAUCCGAGCGAAUUCUUCUACCGUGGUUCGGCCAUGUGGGAAUCACUAUACGGUGUCAUCACCGCGUAUCCGAUCGUAUGCUUCGUCUUCAUACCGGUGUACUUCGACCUUGGCAUAACGUCCGUCUAUCAGUAUUUAGAGUUGCGCUUCAACAGUCGUUUAGUGCGAUGUCUGGCGUCGGGAACUUAUAUAUUGAGGACGUUGCUGAGUUUGGGUGUUACUAUCUACACACCGACCGUUGCCCUGAACACAAUCAUCGGUGUGCCGUACUGGGUGUCGCUGCUCUCCAUUACGUUGAUCAGCAUCUUCUUCAACGCACUGGGAGGGUUGAAGGCAGCAGUUGCCGCAGACGUCAUACAGAGCCUCAGCAUGACGGCUAUGCUGGUGGGAAUCAUCAUUUACUGCAGCAUUACGGUCGGUGGUGUGGAUCAGAUAUUCACCAUCAGCUCGGAGAACGAUCGCUUUGCGUUCUUCAACUUUGCGGCCGAUCUGCAUCUGCGCGUUACGACAACGUCCGCCUGGCUGGGGGAGCUGUUCAACUCGCUCAGCCUGCUCGGCUGUCAGCAGAACUUUGUCCAGCGUUAUCUGAGCAUGCCGACGUUCGGCCAGAUUCGACGCACGCUAAUGUGGAACAUCCCGGUGGUGAUACUGCUAUUCUCGCUACCCUGGUUCGUCGGGAUGGCCAUCUACGCCAUCUACUGGCAUUGUGAUCCACUGAAGGCGAGCGUGAUCGCGAAGAUGGACGAAAUACUGCCCUACUUUAUGUUGGAUCGGUUCGAGAGUGUUCCGGGCGUUUGGGGCAUCUUCGUGGGGACGCUUUUUAAUGGGGCGCUCACGUUAAACAUCUCCAACAUUAACUCGCUGGCCACAGUGACAUGGGAGGACUUCCUCUCGCUAAUACCAGCGCUGCGCCAAAAGAGUGAGAAACAUCAGCUGAAUGUGAUAAAGCUCGUCGGUACGAUCUAUGCGGUGCUGAUCAUGGGCGUUGGUUUUAUCGUUGGCCUAUUGUCCGGUGUGAUCGAAUCGUCGAUGCUGAUCAUCUCGGCCACCUCCGGUCCACUGUUGGGUGUGUUUGUGCUCGCUAUGUUCAUACCGUUCGCAAAUUGGAAGGGUGCUGUGAUCGGCAUGAUUGCAUCCCAUUUAUCGAUCCUGUGGAUCGUGGUUGGUCGAUUGAUUGAAAGUACCGUGAGCGACACACUGCUGGAUACCUCGAUCGAGGGGUGCUACGCGGAGCUGAUGGAGGCGCAAAAGAAUGCAUCCUUGCUGGUGGUUGCCCUGGAGGAAGGUGUCGAUGCGAUCGAGACGAGCAAUCUGCUCAAUCGGAUCUACUCGAUCACGUACAUGUACUACGGUGUGUUCGGCACGGUGCUCACCGUGCUGGCGGGGAUCGUUGUCAGUCUCGCCACCUGGAGCAGUCACGACCAGUAUAACAUGAAGAUGCUACAUCCGGCUGUGCGGUGGCUUUAUUCUCGCUGUCCAUUCAGUGGCAAGCACUUUGGAUCGUUCGAGGUAACAACGAAAGAAACGGCACCAAAGUGUUGAUAAUGCCGGCCCGGAAUAGGAUUUGUGUUGUGCCCAUUCUACUUUGGUAUGUGAUAGAGAGAGAGAUGUAAUAGUUCCUAUGCCCAGCUUAUUAGACCUCCGUGGGCGUCUUGUAAAGAUUUUCAAUGUACGUUAAGGUGUAUAGUCUUAGCCGUUAAGUAGGAGUAUUAUAAAUAAAAUCGUUAAGCCAUUUGUA